AUGGCGACGACCUCCUUUUUGCUGUCGAAUCUACACUGCCCCUCGUGCGUGUUCCAUAUCAAAGAUACCCUCUCCCAUCUGGUAGCCCAGCCAAGCUCCGUAUCACCGUCGCUCGUGACUUCCUGGGUGACGGUCGAUCACGAGAUAUCCCUCCCCAUAUGGAAGAUACAGAACGCUCUCGAAGAGGCUGGAUUCGAAGUAUCCGAUAUUGUAACCAACACGAAACAACCAACCACGAUCACUACUCGCAAAGCGCACAAAACCGGCAACAGUAACAUCGGUUACCUGGACCGGUUUAUAUCUAGAUUGGAAUUUGAUAACGAGCCAGCAAAAUCUAAAGUUGCAAAACGACACCUGGACAAUUGUGAAGCAUGUCGGCUGGAAAGAGACGUAAAGGCUGCCGAGCCCUCAUCUAUCGAAAAUGAACGGGCAGGCGAUACUGCCAAGCGCCAGGAAGAUAUCCCACUUGUCGUAGUAAAAUCUAAUAAUGCAUCCGAAACGAUAUGGCGAGCGUCCAUAGCUAUAGGCGGCAUGACAUGUGCGGCUUGCUCAGGGGCCAUAACAUCAGAGCUCCAGGAGAAGGAUUGGAUCCAAAAUGUUGUCGUCAACCUCAUAUCAAACAGCGCCACGGUCGAUUUCCUGGGCGAAGAACACCAGAAUGAUAUCGUUGAGGCAAUCGAAGAUAUUGGAUAUGAAGCGACGAUCGAUAGCGUCGUGGAUAUUAAGAAGCUGCAGGAUGAUUCAUCAAAGACGAUCCGGACCCUCGAGAUAUUAGUUGACGGUAUGUUUUGCGGGCACUGCCCGGAAAAAGUACUGGUAUCUCUUAAUGCUUUCGGAGACCGUGUAAAGGUUGAAAAGCCCCUAGAUAUUCGCGAUCCUAUUUUGAAGAUCAGCUACACACCACAUGUGCCAGAUAUUACCAUCAGAAGCAUCAUGGCCGCCAUUUCAGAGGCCAACGAGUCCCUCACUCCGUCAAUCUACCAUCCCCCAACCCUUGAAGAGCGGUCACAUCAAAACCAUCGACGGGAACAAUUCCGAAUACUGUACAGAGUAAUCCUCACUCUGAUUAUUGCCAUUCCAACCCUCAUAAUCGGCAUCGUCUACAUGAGUCUCGUGCCUUCCAGCAACCCGGACCGAAAGUUUCUUGGACAGCCCUUGCACGCCGGAGUCAGCAGAUCACAGUGGGCUCUCUUUGUUAUGGCAACCCCAGUGUAUUUUCUGUGUGCCGAUGUUUUCCAUAUCCGAGCGCUGAAAGAGAUCAGAUCAAUGUGGAGACCUGGUAGUAAGACUCCAUUCUUGCAGAGGUUUUACCGAUUUGGAAGUAUGAACAUGCUCAUGUCACUUGGAACGUCGAUUGCGUACAUCUCUUCAGUAGCUCAGCUCAUCGCUGCAGGUGUCAGCCCUCCACUGGUGCCGGACAACAGUACUUUUUAUUUCGACUCGGUAGUAUUCUUGACUCUAUUCCUCCUGAUCGGUCGUCUGAUAGAAUCUUAUAGCAAGUCUAAGACCGGAGAUGCUGUAACCAUGCUUGGGAAACUGAGACCCACUGAAGCCCUUCUGGUUGUUUCAGCCAAGUCUGAAUCGGAAUCAAGCGACACUCUUGCAAGGGAAGACUUGAUGAACGGGGGAAAUAAAGAAUCUGUUCAGAGCAUCAACGUUGAUUUACUCGAGUUUGAUGAUGUGGUCAGGGUUUUACAGGGAGGAUCUCCACCUUGCGAUGGGAUCGUCGUUCAAGGGGAGACAAGAUUCGAUGAGUCAAGUCUUACUGGAGAGUCCAAACUCGUCAAGAAAGCUGUUGGCGACGAAGUAUUCUCUGGAACAGUCAACAAGGAUGGUCCGAUUUCCAUCAAGAUAACCGGCGUCGCUGGAUCUUCGAUGCUUGAUCAAAUAGUAAAAGCAGUUCGGGAAGGACAAACUCGACGAGCACCAAUCGAACGUAUCGCGGAUACCCUUACUGGCUACUUCGUCCCCAUGGUUACACUGAUUGCAAUCGUUACAUGGAUUAUCUGGCUUGCGUUGGGCGUUUCCGGAGAUUUGCCCGAUGAUUAUUUGGGGGACAGCUCUCGAGGCUGGACUACCUGGUCCCUUCAAUUCGCAAUUGCAGUCUUUGUUGUAGCCUGUCCAUGCGGGUUGGCCCUCGCUGCACCCACUGCACUCUUCGUUGGUGGUGGACUGGCAGCUCAGAAUGGAAUACUGGUCAAAGGAGGCGGGGAAGCGUUUGAGAAAGCGAGCAGGCUUGAUUGUAUCGUCUUUGACAAAACUGGGACGUUGACGAUGGGUGGCGAGCCUGCCGUUACUGAUUAUCAAGUCUUUCCUCUUGAUGCAGAUUUUGGACCACAGGAAUUCAUACUGGGUUCUGUUAAAGCCGUCGAAGAGAAUAGCAGCCAUACAGUGGCCAAAGCGCUUGUAUCAUUUUGCAAGAGCGAAGACAUUAGGGAGGCUGAAAUCGUGGACAUUGAAGAAAUCGCUGGGAAAGGAAUGCGUGGGAAAAUAUCUCAUGGAUCAGACAUUCUCGAUGAGAUCCUGAUCGGUAACGAAGCUCUGUUCACCGACUUUGAGAUAUCUCUUACACCGGAUAUUCUCAGUACUCUGGAAGCUUGGAAGCUCGAGGGCAAAUCUGUUGCUCUUGCUACCAUGCAAAGAGAGUCACGUGGCUGGCAGCUAGCCGCUAUAUUUGCUAUUUCUGACCCAAUUAGGAAAGAGGCACGUAGCAUAAUCAAGGCUAUCAGGGAUCGUGGAACAGAGUCAUGUGUGGAUGUUAUCCGGCGACAAUCAAAUCACGGCCAACGCCGUCGUCGGAAUCGCCCCCGAAAACAUCAUCGCCGGCUCCUCCCCAGCCAAAAAGCAGAAAAAAUCCAAUACCUUCAGAAAUCCCUCAAAGCCCACACCACAUCUCCCAGCACACAGCACUCCACUAGACGAGCCAUGAUCGCUAUGGUCGGCGACGGCAUCAACGAUUCGCCCGCGCUCACCACAGCCGACGUCGGCAUCGCCAUUGGCUCCGGCUCAGACAUCGCCAUCUCCUCUGCGGAAUUCGUGCUCGUGUCCAGCAAUCUCUCCACGCUCCUCACGCUCUUAGAUCUCAGCAAAUGCGUCUUCCGGCGCAUCAAGCUGAAUUUCGCGUGGGCGCUUGUGUAUAACCUCAUCGCGCUGCCGGUUGCGGCGGGGGCGCUGUAUCCGGUUGUUAGUGCCGGGAGUCAUGUGAGGUUGGAUCCGGUGUGGGCGAGUCUGGCGAUGGCGGCGAGUAGUAUUAGUGUUGUUUGUAGUAGUUUGGCGUUGAGGAGUGGGGUGCCUGGGCUGGGGUUUAGGGUUAGAGGGGUGCUUGUGGAUGGGGAUGUGGAAGAAUAG